AUUAUAAAGUGCGGUCGCCGCCGCCCGCACCCGCUCCCGCACCGCUCCGCUGCGGCGCGCCCGGCCCCGGCCUCGGCAGCAGGCGCUCGGCUCGGCUCGGCGCGGCGCCCCCCGCACCGUCAGGAACCGCAGGCUCCCCAUGGCGAUGCUCCUGAGACUCGGCUGCUCGCUGCUGGCCCUCAGCACCUGCCUGCUGCCCCGGGCGCGGGCGGACUGCGGCCGCGACUGCGCCGCCUGCGCCUACCGCCUGGGACCCCGCGCCGCCAUCCACCCCCUGGCAUGUACACUAGAGUGUGAAGGAAAGUUGCCUUCUGCCAAAGCCUGGGAGACCUGCAAGGAGCUUCUGCAGCUGGCAAAGCUGGAUCUUUCUGAGGACGGCAACAUUGCUCCAGGAGACAAGAAAGAGCUGGAUGAGAACCAUUUGCUUGCAAAGAAGUAUGGAGGCUUCAUGAAAAGAUACGGGGGGUUCAUGAAGAAAAUGGAUGAGCUCUAUCGGGUAGAACCAGAGGACGAAGCUAAUGGAGGAGAAAUCCUGGCUAAGAGGUAUGGAGGGUUUAUGAAGAAAGACUCGGACGACGAUGCCCUUGCUAAUUCCUCUGAUCUGCUGAAGGAGCUUCUAGGAACAGGGGAUAACCCUGAAGCAGGGCAUUACCGAGAGAUAAAUGAAAACGAUGGGGACGUCAGCAAAAGAUAUGGAGGUUUCAUGAGAAGCAUAAAGCGCAGCCCCGAGUUGGAAGAUGAAGCCAAAGAGCUGCAAAAGAGAUACGGUGGUUUCAUGAGAAGAGUGGGCAGGCCAGAAUGGUGGCUGGAUUACCAGAAACGAUACGGUGGGUUUCUUAAGCGCUUCGCCGACUCCAUUCUCCCUUCAGAAGAAGAUGGGGAAACUUAUUCCAAAGAGAUCCCAGAGAUGGAAAAGAGAUAUGGUGGAUUUAUGAGAUUUUAAUACCUUUCCCUUUAUCCCUUUCGUCCUAAACAAGAAAGACUGCCUUAUUGGUCAUAACUUAUUGUAACGUGUUGCUUGUACUGUACAGUUUUUUACUGUCCUUGGUUAAUGAUGCGACCUGCAAUCUGUUGUUUCGGGUUCUGUGUUCUUUCGAGUCAAAUAACUAAUUUCUGGUUUAGUCAAGUUUCAGUCUGUAUCGUAGUUUCCAUGCUAGAACUAUUUUGAUUACUGUAUCCAUUUUCUUUAAAGAGGAAGUACAUCUACAGUAGAGUUGCUUAACUGUAUAUACAAUAAAUUCUUCAUCCUAACUGCAUAAAUUCUGAAAUGCUAUUUAUUUUCUCUCAGUCAUUUAAUCAAACAUCAUCUCAAUUUUUCUUUAACCAGUCAGAGUAAUGCCAAACUCUUUUCUGUAAUUACAGAAUUUGUACUGCACACACAACAGCUGAAACAAAUUUUUGUCUUUAGUUUUCUCAGUU